GGUUUUUGCAGAAGGCAUCAUUCAGGAUCUAUUCAUCCGAAAGAUAGUUCAAACUUCAACCAAUCAAGAUGAAAUUCGUAGUUUUGGCUCUUGCUCUCAUCGGUGCUGCUUCAGCUGGAUACAUCGCCCCAGCUGUUGGUCCAGUAGUCAGCGCCUACCACGCUCCAGUUGUUAGCGCCUACUCCGCUGCUCCCGUUGUUAGCACCUAUGCUGCUGGUGCUCCAGUCGUUUCGGCCUACAGCUCCCCAUAUGUAGGUGCUCCUUUGGUCCGAUCAGUUGCCUACUCUGCUCCAGCCGUUGCUGCCCCAGCUUUCGUCAGGUCCGCCUAUGCUGCUCCAGUUGUAUCAGCUCCUGUUGUUCCCGCUGUCAGCGCUUACUCCGCCGUAGCCCCAGCUGCCGUUGCUGUCGAAGCCUGGAAGAAGAAGGCCGCCGCUUAAAUUUAAUUUCUUUUCAAUUACUUUUCUGGAUGGAUAUAUUGGCUUAAUAAACGAUCGAUCGAA